GUUUCGGAAACCUUUCAUAAUGAAGUAUUGACCAAAAGAACUCUGUUGGAGUCUUGAGAUUGUGUCGGCACGAUGUCGUUUCCAGGUCAACCUUUUCUUACUCCGCCGGAGAACCUCGUCCAGUCUACGAAUGAGGAUCCAGCAGCCCCGCUCCGGAAUCUCUCGAUGGUCCGAACAAGAAUGGAUUCGCUGCAAAGCUUCCUCACCGAAUCAAUCCACGCCAACGCUCUAAUCAGCAAGGACCAGAUGGACAUGGUUUCCACUGGCAUCGCUUCCGCCAUCCACGAAAUCAUCUCAAACGGCGCCGCUCUGUUGGCUUUCGCUCAGAACUCGAUACCCUCAUCGGACCCGACCCGAACACACUCCGCUAAAAUCGAGGCUUCCGAGGUCAAGAAAGAGAUAGAAGUGAACGAUUGUGGAAAGUAUGACGCAGACGGCGGCGAGAUUGUGGAGGUGGACGCGAUGGAGCUGCUGGCGGAGCACAUCCAUUACUGCGAGAUUUGCGGGAAGGGUUUCAAGCGAGAUGCGAAUGAGAAUGCACGCGGCCCACGGGAACCGGAGCCCCCGAGGCGUUGACCAAACCGGUGAAGACCCCGCCGAGUUGAGCAGGAAUCCCGUUCUCGUGCCCGUACGUCG